CGUAAAUUAUUUCUCGAGCAGCAACGCAAAACUGCAUCGUCCUGCUGUGAAACACCAGGCCCCAAAUACCCAGCACAAAGAGCGUAGCACGCCUGGAGCUGCAGAGAGCCUAUAUCCAAACGCGCUUCAAAUAUAUGCCAACGAGGACGGCUUCCAAGCUUGCGCAGUUUGCCCGGGGCGAAUUCUCGCUUUAGAACCACGACCCCAAGCCUUAUCGCACGAAGCCGCGGAACAAGGUGGCUCGUAAAUCCGAGCUUCAAUUGAGCGAAGGCUGCCUCACGGACUGGCAGGAGAAGCUGCUGCUAACUUUUGCGGGCCGCGCCGGCGCCCGCCCAGCUUUAUGCGCCGGAGCCGGCAAGCUUAAGUGGCGUGUAGGACGGAAUGGACGCUGCUAAGAAAUAUGAGUACAUAAAGACUCUCGGAGAAGGAAGUUACGGCCAUGUAUGGCUUUGUCGUGAUCGGGAACGAGAUUGUCUGGUGGCAAUCAAGAAGUUUAAGGAUGCGAACAAAGACUCCCAGGCUUACCACCUAGCGAUGCGGGAGAUUAAGCUCCUGCGCGCCACCACGCACGAGCAUGUGGUGUCCGUGAUAGAGGCCUUCCGGAGUCAGUCCAGUGGCAACGUGUACCUGGUGAUGGAGUAUGCGGAUAGCUGCCUGAACCUGGAGCUGAAGAAGCACCGCACGGGGCUGCCCACCGCGGACGUCAUGCGCGUAACGUGGCAGCUGGCCUCGGCGCUGCACUACCUGCACACCAAGAAGAUCGUUCACCGCGAUCUUAAGCCAGCGAACAUCCUGCUCACAGCCGCGGGCGAUCUGAAGCUGUGCGACUUCGGCUUCGCGCGUGACCUGCCGCCUGCGGGCCAGCAGGCCGACAUGAGCAGCUACGUGACCACGCGUUGGUAUCGCGCGCCCGAGGUGGUCGUUGGCGCUGACUACGGCGCGGCAGUGGACAUCUGGGCGCUUGGCUGCCUGUUCGCGGAGCUGCUGAACGGCCAGCCGCUGUUCCCGGGGGCCUCCAACAUGGACCAGCUGGCUCUCAUCGUGGCGUGCUUCGGCCACCUGCCCAACCGGCUGCUGGCCAAGGCGCUGACCAACCCGCACCUGGUGGGCGUGCAGCUGCGCACCGGCAACCCGCGCAACUGGGCGGUGGCGCUGCAGCAGAGGUUCGCGCCCUACGGCGAGCACGCGGUGACGCUACUGCUGGCGUGCCUGAACCCAGACCCGCUCAAGCGCGCCACCUCGGAUGAGGUGCUGCGCUCCGCCUACUUCGAGCCCAUCCGGCAGAAGAAGGUGCCGGCGCUGCUGGGCCCGCCCUCCGUGCCGGCGGCGCCGCCGGCCGUGGUCUCGUCCAGCGUUGCCGCGCCGGCCGGCGCCCCCGUGCCGCUGGCCGCGCCGCCUGCUGCCGCCGUGGCGACGGCGGCGGCGGCGGCAGCUGGCCCCAUGCACCCGGCGUUCAUGGUGCCACAGCCGCCACAGGUGCAUCCGUCACAGGCUGCAGUGCCCGCGCCUGCCGCUGCGGCGGCGGCGGCCGCGCCGGCGGGCCCCGUGCACCCCGCUGCCGCCAUCCCGCCGCCGCGCGUGUCGGCUCCGCAGGUGGUGCCGGCGCCGUUGCUGCGGGACACCCGGUCGGGCUCACAGGCGUCCGACGUGGUCAUGACGCCGCCGUCCGACUCCUCUCGCCGUCCCGGCCAGGAGGCGGGCGAGCCGCAGCCAGAGCGCCCCGCGCCCCCGCCUGCAGCUGCCCCUCCGGGUCCCGCGCCUGCUGCCGCGCCGGAGCCCUCCGCGGCGGCGCGUGUCACCGCGCUCGCGGCGGGCUCGACCAGCGGCGCCACAGCGAUGGAGGUGGACAGCCAGCCCGCGCCGCCCGCCAUCGCCAAGCCGGCGGCGGCGCCGCCGCACCCGCAUGUGACGUUCCAGGAGCCCACGGUCGCACAACAGCCCCGCGCCUCGGACCAGCUGCAGUAUGCAGACGCGCGGGCCAGCGCGCCGGCCGGCCGCGCCCUAAUGGCGGGCGGCGAGGCACGCGGCGCAACCGUGAACGGCGUGGGCGCCAUGCCGGUUCACGGCGGCGCGGGCGCCGCCGCGAUGCAGUCGCACCAGGUGCAGCACGGCAAGCCCGGUGCAACGCUGCAGCAGCAGAACAAGCGCGUGUCGGAGCACAACGUCUCUUUUGGCGGGCCGCGCGGGGGUGGCAGCGAACUGCAGAUGCGCAUGGCGCGUGUGAGCCUGGUGAACCCCAACCCCGGCGAUGCCGCACAGGCCGACGACGACUCGCCCGGCUCCUCGCCCGUCACCACGCCCACUGGCAGCGCCGCCGCAGCGAACGCGGCCGCCGCCGCUAACGCCGCGGGCCAGCGCCGCGCCGCCAUCUCGCCGGCCGUCGCCGCGAACGCGGCGCAGCCGCCGGCGGGCGCGCCCAUCCGGCGGCGCUCCACGGCUACCGGCAGCUCGCGCCUGACGCGCAUGUCGCACACGGCGGAGGGCCCCGGUGACUCGUACGGCAAGGAUGACGACAGCGAGGACGACAGCGGCGGCAUGCUGCCCAUGGCCAUGACGGUGGCGGGCGGCGCGGGCGUGGCAGCGCAGCCCGGCGGCGGCGUGUCCAGCGGCCUGGCCGUGGUGCCGCCGCCGGCGCUGGGGCCGGCCGGCAUGCCGGCCGCGCACCCCAGCCCGCGCCGCGCGUCGCGGCUGUCGGCGGUGACGGAGCCGGGGCAGCUGGCGCCCACCAUCGACACAAUCGGGGGCGGCGCCGGCGCGGGCGCGUCGCACCCGGGCCACGUGCCCGACCUGCCCCAGCCGCACGCGCACCACACGCACAGCGGCAGCGUGGGCGCGGGCGGCACGCACACGCGGGCACCGCAGGCACCGGCGCCGCAGAUGACCAGCCCGCUGGGUCGCAGCAUCGCCGCCGCGCACGGCGCCGCCAGCCACGGCCCGAUGCACUACGCGCACGGUCAGCCAGCGGCGCCGGUGCCGGUGCCGGCGCUGGCCGGCGCCGCGGGUGUGCGGCACCCGCACCACGACAAGCUGGCUGGGACCAUGUCGGCCAUGGCGCUCAACAUGCACAACACGCACCGCGUCACGGCGUCGGGCAACGAGGGAGCGGAGAGCAGCGGCGACAGCGGCACCGGUGGCGGCGGCGGCACGCUGCGCUCAAACCCCGGCAACGUGCCCACCCCGGCGGCGCCCACGGCGGGCCAGAUGCGCUCCUUCACCGCGCAGCACGUCAGCACGCCGGCUGCCGCCGCGGCCGCCGCCGGCCUCAUGUCGCGCCCCGUGUCCAAUCUCUACAUCAACCUCGGCCAGCCUGUGGAGACCAGCAGCAACGACAGCAGCAACGUGGUCUCGCCCUGCACGCCCACAGGCACCGCCGCCGGCGGCGCGCCGCCGGCCGCCUCCAGCGGCCGCCGGCACACCAUGGCCGAGGGGCCCAGCAGCAUGCUGCGCAGCAUGCUGCGCUCGCUUAGCACGCGCCGCACGACGGGCACGUCGCUCUCCGGCACCCCCGGCGACCAGCAGUCCACGCCCUCGGCCAGCGCGGCCGGCGGCGCCGGCGGUCAGCUGGCGCAGGCGCAAAGCGUCGGCGGCGCGCCGUCGGGCAACGCCUCAACCGCGGCCUCAUCCGGCGGUGUGGGCUCCGGCGGCUCCGGCGGCGUGUCGCCCUUCAUCCCCUCCCGCGCCUCCUCCAACCACCUGGUGGCGGGCGGCCCGGCCAGCAGCGCAGACAGCGGCGGCAGUCACCCAGACGACGGCGCCAGCGUCCAGGGCCCGGCAGGUGGCGCGUCGCUGCGGCGGGCGGCCACGCACACGGGGCACCACAGCACCGCCACCAGCGGCGCGCGCAUUGGCCUUCCGCAGCUGUCGGUCCGGCCCAACGGCGUGCCCGGCGCCGCCGCCGGCGGAGCUGCCGGCGCAGGCGCCGCCGGUGCGGGUGGCGGCGCCGUUAACGGCUACGGCAGUGCAGUCGUGUCGCCGGCGGGCCGGCGGCGCAGCACGCAGGUGUCGCAGCCCAUGCGUAUGAGUGACGCGGGCAUUGUGGGCGUGCCCGGUCAGCAGGGCCGGAAGUCGAUGAGUGGUGAGACCGCAGUGCCGCCCGUGGCGGGCGGGCAGCAGCAGCAAACGGUGCGCCCCACGCCGCCCACGGAGGCGCCGCCGGCGCAGCGCACGCCCAACAAGGGCGUGCGUGAGGCGUCGUGAGGUGCCGGCUCUGGACCGGCGAGCUGCGCGCUGGGAGCUGCGUUGGGGCUGGAGCGCUUGGAGCUGGGGUGGAGUGCAGGACGGGCGUUGUUUCAUAGUUACGGGCCGAGCUCAACCGCUGAGCAUGCACUUGGUUCCUCAUAUCGCGCACUGCAAGCAAGCGGUUCGUGGCGGACGCUUAAGCGUGACUCGGAAUAUAAUUCUAGGAACGCAGUGACUGGCAAGCAUGCGUGCGGGCUGUGGCGGGCGCAUCCGGCACAAGUAAUUUGGGGGGAGAUUGUGACUGUGUGCCCUGGCGGCAUGAACUGCCCGUGCAAGCAAUGCCCUGUCAUGGCGCUUCAAGCCUGCAUAGAAGGAGGCUGGAAUGACGGCAGCGGAGGCCGACCUCAUCUCAGCCCACAAAGGGCACUCCUGGAGCAGCUUAUCAUGACACGAUGCGCGGUCUCACCAGCCCCGCCCGUUGUGUGUGCGAGGCGGGGCCUGCAUCACAGUGCGCCAAGACGUGACGGGCGGCCGGUGUGAUUUGACGGGCGGCUGGUGACCUGGCGUGUCUUGUUUGAUGGGGGAUGCGCUGAUCGCGGCGCAGUCCUCGGUGAGCGGCUCCGCUGGGGUGAGCGGCUCCGCUGGGGUUUUGGGGGGUAACGACAUGAAAAUUAUCCCAGGUAGCGCUGCUUGCGAAAUUGCUCAACUGGCGUGGGGGCAUAGUGAGUGGGGCGGGCACGACGAGGUGGCUGUGCUGAUGGGGUGGCAGCCUGUUCGCGCGACGGCGCAAGGGCUUGAGGAUGACGAGUGCUGUGGAAACUAAUGCGUACGUAGACCAGAGCGGAGAAGAGGGUUCCGGAACAGUAUGGGAGGAUGGUGCGAAUAGUGGGGGUUGGCGACAUGGCGCUUAAUGGGUUUGGAUGCGAUGCAGGCAGGGCUCUCGUGCGGCGCAUGAAUGCCCGUCCGUUGAGCGAUGAUGCACACUGUGCAUUUCACACGCGCGGCGACGAGUGAGGCGCUCACGACAGGCCCGGCUGCGGGUGUACAUGAAGAGGUACCGUACAGGGAUGCCGAGGAAGUAGGCAGUAAGAACUCGACAUACACGUGAUUCCAUCCUCGAUGGCUAAUGUGGACAAAGGCAACGGCCCGCGACGCGUGCUGCAGGGCCGGGGCAUGCGUAAGUCGAAGGGUACCGUACCGGAUAGGGUAUCGUAAGCAGGGGUGUCGCCACCCGACCGGUUCGUGAUUCCUCAAUGCGUGUAAGCGAGAGAUGUCACUGAGGUGUACGGUCCACGGCUGAAGCGGUCAGUGGUGGGCGUGGAGCUGCAAAGCACAAACCUGAACAAUGGAUGAGACUGUGGUCUUCAGGAGCCCACGGUCACAGCGAGCUGCGAUACAUGCGUUCUGCAGUCGGGCAGGAACUGGCAAGGCGUCGCAGGUGAAGGGAGUGCGGGAAAUGCGGGGCGCGGGUAACAAGAAAGGUGGCCCUCCCUCUCAAGGGGAAAGUGGCCUUUGCCGCCACGCCACGUUGGUGCUGAUGGCU